CGACGCUCUCUUCUGACCUCUGUGGGCAUUGCAUGACACGGGUGCAUUUACAUACAUGCAGAGCGUUUCCCAAAGUGUAUUCUGCGGAACUAGCACCUACUGUGUUCUCAACACCGUGCCACCUAUAGAAGAUGAUCAUGGAAACAGCAAUAGUGGUCAUGUAAAAAUCUUUUUACCGAAAAAGCUGCUUGAAUGUCUGCCGAAAUGUUCAAGUUUACCCAAAGAGAGGCACCGUUGGAACACUAAUGAGGAAAUUGCAGCUUAUUUAAUAACGUUUGAGAAACAUGAGGAAUGGCUGACCACAUCCCCUAAGACCAGACCGCAGAAUGGCUCAAUGAUUCUCUACAACAGGAAGAAAGUGAAAUACAGGAAGGAUGGGUAUUGCUGGAAAAAGAGGAAAGACGGGAAAACGACCAGAGAGGACCACAUGAAACUCAAGGUCCAGGGAGUGGAGUGCUUGUACGGCUGCUAUGUCCAUUCCUCCAUCAUCCCCACCUUCCACAGGAGGUGCUACUGGCUCCUUCAGAACCCCGACAUCGUCCUGGUGCAUUACCUGAACGUGCCGGCCAUCGAGGACUGCGGCAAGCCUUGCGGGCCCAUCCUCUGCUCCAUCAACACCGACAAGAAGGAGUGGGCAAAAUGGACGAAGGAGGAGCUCAUCGGGCAGCUGAAACCCAUGUUCCAUGGCAUCAAAUGGACCUGUAGCAAUGGGAACAGCAGCUCGGGCUUCUCAGUGGAACAGCUGGUACAGCAGAUCCUGGACAGCCACCAGACCAAACCCCAGCCUCGGACCCACAACUGCCUCUGCACCGGCAGCCUGGGAGCGGGCAGCAGUGUGCACCACAAGUGUAAUAGUGCCAAACACCGCAUCAUCUCACCAAAAGUAGAGCCAAGGGCCGGGGGCUACGGGAGCCACUCAGAAGUGCAACACAAUGACGUAUCAGAAGGCAAGCAUGAACCCAGCCAUGGCAAGAGCACGAGCCGAGAGAAGAGAAAUGGCAAAGUGGCCAAGCCAGCACUGCUGCACCAAAAUAGCACCGAGGUCUCCUCUACCAACCAGGUGGAGGUCCCUGACACCACCCAGAGCUCCCCCGUGUCCAUCAGCAGCGGGCUCAACAGUGACCCAGACAUGGUGGACAGCCCCGUCGUCACAGGUGUGUCUAGCAUGGCAGUGGCUUCCGUGAUGGGGGGCCUGUCCCAAAGCGCCACAGUGUUCAUGUCGGAGGUCACCAACGAAGCUGUAUACACCAUGUCCCCCACCGCCGGCCCCAACCACCACCUCCUCUCGCCUGAUGCCUCUCAGGGCCUCGUCUUGGCUGUAAGUUCUGACGGCCACAAGUUUGCCUUCCCCACCACGGGCAGCUCAGAUAGCCUGUCCAUGCUGCCCACGAAUGUGUCUGAAGAGCUGGUCCUCUCCACCACCCUUGAUGGUGGCCGGAAGAUUCCAGAAACCACCAUGAACUUUGACCCUGACUGUUUCCUCAAUAACCCAAAGCAGGGCCAGACAUAUGGGGGUGGGGGCCUGAAAGCCGAGAUGGUCAACACCAACAUCCGGCACUCACCGCCUACAGAGAGGAGCUUUGGCUUCACCAGCGUCCUGGCCAAGGAGAUCAAGACAGAGGACACCUCCUUUGAGCAGCAGAUGGCCAAAGAGGCGGCAUACUCCUCCUCUGCAGCGGCUGCAGCAUCCAGCUCCCUCACCCUGACUGCAGGCUCCAGCCUCCUGCCCUCAGGCGGUGGCCUGAGUCCCAGCACCACCCUCGAACAGAUGGACUUCAGUGCCAUAGAUUCCAACAAGGACUACACGUCCAGCUUCAGCCAGACAGGCCACAGCCCUCACAUCCACCAGACCCCCUCCCCCAGCUUCUUCCUGCAGGACGCCAGCAAACCCCUCCCCCUUGAGCAGAAUGCCCACAGCAGCCUGAGUGACUCUGGGGCCACCUUUGUGAUGCCCACGGUGAAAACAGAGGCCUCGUCUCAGACCAGCUCUUGCAGCGGCCAUGUGGAGACCCGGAUCGAGUCCACUUCCUCCCUGCACCUCAUGCAGUUCCAGGCCAACUUCCAGGCCAUGACAGCAGAAGGGGAGGUCACAAUGGAGACAUCACAGGCAGCCGAAGGGAGCGAGGUCCUCCUAAAGUCUGGGGAGCUGCAGGCCUGUGGCUCAGAGCACUACCUGCAGCCGGAGACGAAUGGGGUGAUCCGCACCGCUGGUGGUGUCCCCAUUCUCCCAAGCAACGUGGUGCAGGGACUCUACCCUGUGGCCCAGCCCAGCCUGGGCAAUGCCUCCAACAUGGAGCUCAGCCUGGACCACUUUGACAUCUCCUUCAGCAAUCAAUUCUCAGACCUGAUCAAUGACUUCAUCUCUGUGGAGGGGGGCAGCGGUACCAUCUAUGGGCACCAGCUGGUGUCUGGGGACAGCACCGCGCUCUCACAGUCAGAAGACGGGACACGUGUCCCCUUCACCCAAGCAGAGAUGUGUAUCCCCUGCUGCAGCCCCCAGCAGGGCAGUCUGCAGCUGAGCAGUGCCGAGGGUGGGGCCAGCACCAUGGCCUACAUGCAUGUUGCAGAGGUGGUCUCUGCCGCCUCAGCCCAGGGCACCCUGGGGAUGCUGCAGCAGAGCGGACGGGUGUUCAUGGUGACCGACUACUCCCCAGAGUGGUCUUACCCAGAGGGAGGAGUGAAGGUCCUCAUCACAGGCCCAUGGCAAGAAGCCAGCAAUAACUACAGCUGCCUGUUCGACCAGAUCUCCGUGCCUGCAUCCCUGAUUCAGCCCGGGGUGUUGCGCUGCUACUGCCCAGCCCAUGACACGGGUCUUGUAACCCUACAAGUUGCCUUCAACAACCAGAUCAUCUCCAACUCAGUGGUGUUUGAAUACAAAGCCCGGGCUCUGCCCACACUUCCUUCCUCCCAGCACGACUGGCUGUCAUUAGACGAUAACCAGUUCAGGAUGUCCAUCCUGGAGCGGCUGGAGCAGAUGGAGAGGAGGAUGGCCGAGAUGACGGGCUCCCAGCAGCACAAGCAGGCAAGCGGAGGGGGCGGCAGCGGAGGCAGCAGCGGAAGUGGGAGCGGAGGGAGUCAGGCCCAGUGUGCGUCUGGUGCUGGAACCCUGGGGAGCUGCUUCGAGAGUCGAGUGGUUGUUGUCUGUGAGAAGAUGAUGAGCCGUGCCUGCUGGGCCAAAUCCAAGCAUUUGAUCCAUUCGAAGACUUUCCGUGGAAUGACCCUCCUACACUUGGCUGCUGCCCAGGGCUAUGCCACCCUGAUCCAGACCCUUAUCAAAUGGCGCACAAAGCAUGCGGACAGCAUUGAUUUGGAACUGGAAGUUGACCCCCUGAAUGUGGACCACUUCUCCUGUACUCCUCUGAUGUGGGCCUGUGCUCUAGGGCACUUGGAAGCUGCUGUUGUCCUGUACAAGUGGGACCGUCGGGCUAUCUCCAUCCCAGACUCUCUGGGAAGGCUGCCUUUGGGAAUUGCCAGGUCAAGGGGUCAUGUGAAAUUAGCGGAGUGUCUGGAGCACCUGCAGAGAGACGAGCAGGCCCAGUUGGGACAGACUUCCAGGAUCCACUGUCCCCCAAGUGAAGAUCCAAGCACAGACAGCUGGAUGGCCCAGUGGCACAGAGAGGCCAUGAGCUCUCCAGAAAUACCCAAAGGAGUCACCGUCAUCGCAAGCACCAAUCCAGAGCUGAGAAGACCUCGGUCUGAACCCUCUAAUUACUACAGCAGUGAGAGCCACAAAGAUUAUCCGGCUCCCAAAAAGCAUAAAUUGAACCCUGAGUACUUCCAGGCAAGGCAGGAGAAGCUGCUUCCCACUGCACUGAGUCUGGAACAGCCAAAUAUCAGGAAGCACAGCCCUAGUUCUAAGCAGUCUGUCCCUGAGACAAUCAGCCCCAGUGAAGGAGUGAGGGACUACAGCCGGGAAACCUCCCCUCCCACUCCAGAGACUGCAGCAUUCCAAGCCUCUGGAUCUCAGCCUGUAGUAAAGUGGAAUUCCAAAGAUCUUUACAUUGGUGUGUCUACAGUACAGGUGACUGGAAAUCCGAAGGGGACCAGUGUAGGAAAGGACGCGGCUCCCUCACAGGUGCGUCCGCGGGAGCCUAUGAGUGUCCUGAUGAUGGCUAACAGAGAGGUGGUGAAUACAGAGAUGGGGGCCUACCGAAAUAGUGCCGAGAAUGAGGAAUGCUCCCAGCCCAUGGAUGACAUUCAGGUAAACAUGAUGACCUUGGCAGAACACAUCAUCGAGGCCACACCCGAUCGAAUCAAGCAGGAGAACUUUGUGCCCAUGGAAUCCACGGCCUUGGACAGGACAGAUCCUGCUGUGGUUAGCAGUACCAUGAACUGGUUGGCCAGUUACCUCGCUGAUGCAGACCGUCUACCCAGUGCUACCCAGAUCAGAAGCGCUUAUACUGAGCCUCUAACCCCAUCUUCUAAUACCAGCCUGAGCCCCGUAGGCUCUCCCGUCAGUGAAAUGGCUUUCGAGAAACCCAAUCUUCCCUCAGCGGCAGACUGGUCAGAAUUCCUGAGCGCCUCCACCAGUGAGAAGGUGGAGAACGAGUUUGCUCAGCUCACUCUCUCUGACCACGAGCAGAGAGAGCUCUAUGAAGCUGCCAGGCUUGUCCAGACAGCUUUCCGGAAAUACAAGGGCCGACCUUUGCGGGAACAGCAGGAGGUGGCUGCCGCCGUCAUUCAGCGUUGUUACAGAAAAUACAAACAGCUGACAUGGAUAGCCUUGAAGUAUGCACUUUAUAAAAAGAUGACCCAGGCGGCCAUCCUCAUCCAGAGCAAAUUCCGAAGUUACUAUGAACAGAAAAGGUUCCAGCAGAGCCGGCGUGCCGCAGUUCUGAUUCAGAACUUCUACCGGAGUUACAAGAAGUGUGGCAAGAGACGGCCGGCCCGCCGGACAGCCGUCAUCGUCCAGCAGAAGCUCAGGAGCAGUUUGCUAACCAAAAAGCAGGACCAAGCUGCUCGAAAAAUAAUGAGGUUUCUACGUCGCUGUCGUCACAGCCCCCUGGUGGACCAUAGGCUGUACAAAAGGAGUGAAAGAAUUGAAAAAGGCCAAGGAACUUGAAGACGUGCAGCAGCAUCCCUUAGCAAUGUGACAUUGCUUUUCAGACUGUUUUCAUUUCUGUUUUUAGCAGAGACAUGCAACAACACGCACACACACGUACACACACGCACAUGAACACGCACACACAAUCCCUCUGCAGUUUUGGGGAGUCAACUGCAGGAUUUUAACAGGAAUGUUUCGGUCAUUGCAUUUGCACUUUCAUGGACAACUUUUAAUUUGAUCAGCAAGACAUCUUGGAGCUCAGUCUUCUGUUGGAUCAUAGGAAAACAAGACACCAGGAGGGACUGAAGGGGCUUCCUCGGCUUAGGAAGGAGCCGCGUCCCUUCUCAAUAGGGCUGUAUUCAAACAUCGUGUGGAACUGGACAAAUAUUUAUACCAAAAAUAUAGAUAAGAAAAGGUGGGGCUACACCGUCAGCAACCGGGAGUGCUGUGCCUGCACCUCCGGUUAUUUCCAAGAAGCUGAAUCUGGGUUGAUUCUCCGUGGAGGGCUUACAUCAUACCCGUCGUUAUGGCGUCCGUGUCUUCUCAUUUCCUUCACUUUUUUUUUUCCGUUUAUUUGUUUGUUUUAAUCUCUACAGCACACUUAAUGCAACUUUUAAAAUCUGCAGGUUUCAAUGUCUUGUGGAAAUUUGCAGAGGGGCAGGUGUGUGGUAAACGGGUAAUGCACGAGAAACACUGACAAACAGCGCACAGAAUUCGAACUUCCUUUCCUGCCCCCACCACCUCCUAAGAACCCGCGAGGAGCGCGAUCAUCUUGCUCUUUUCUCAUGUUCAGCACUUUAAGUUUUGGCCUACUUUCACGUGCAAUGAAAAUUACUUAAGAAUCGGUAAAGCAUGAAGCCUUUUUUAGUAACCUUGGAAACAGUAGUCAUUCCAAGGAGUCAUAAACCUUGCCUGGACAUUUACCACCUAAACGACCAGCGUGGUGCUGCAUUCUGGCCAGUAAAUCCCAUGGUUUUUUUUUGGCUCUAUCCCAUCCAAACGAAGCGGUUUUUGUGUAUAUAAUAAAAGGUAGAGAUGAAAAAGAAAAUAUUUGAAAGGGAUUAUAUUAAAUUGCUAAAUAUUUUAUUCACAAAGGUCAAUAACAUGGCAAGUUAAAAUUAUUUGUAUAGUUUUGUCUGAAUAAGCGGGGAAAAUGUGGAUGUAUUGUUUGUAUAUAUUGUAUAUAUUAAAAACAAAGAUAUGUGCAUGAAAUCAAGAAAAAGAUGAACAAGCAAAGCAUUAGUGGCUAUGGUCUGUAAAAUGAAACAAAAAAAACUUUAUUUCACUAUAAGAGUACUUUAUUUUAAAUGUUCUUUAGAGGAACAUUUUGCUAAAGCAUGACUAACCUGCAAAAAAAAGAAAAAAGAAAAAAAAGCUACUGUAUUUAGACUUAGGAAAAAAGGCAGAGUAGCAUUACUUAAAAAAAAAAAAGGAUAUGUUUACAUUUAAUUUUGGCUACCAGGAGUUUAGUUUAUUUUAUUUAAAACAAUUAUUUUGCCAACGGUGCCAAGUAAUGUGAAUGCUUAAGAAAAUUAAGUUACUUUUGCAAAACAGAUAAUCAUAAGAUGAAUCCAUAUAUAACUCAACACCAUCCACUCACUCCAACAAAGAACACUUCGAAUGAUCAAAAUCUGACAAGAGAAAUAGUAUGAAAGUAGAAAAAAAAGUCAUGUUUACACAUCUGCCGGAAAUCAGAAAGUGUAAGAAAAAUUGUGCACACACACGCACACACACUAAAAGUGAAAAAGGACAGACUGGUCUUGAAAGGAUGCCGUGGUUUAUUACCCUUUCUACAUAAUGAGGAGCCAAAGAAAUCUGAUGCUUUUAAAAAUUAAACAGUUAAUGUCCAACAGAGGGAAUAGUUUGUCUUUGCUAAUUCCAGUUUAAAAUUCCCAGGUUAAGUGUGAGAAUCUGUUGGUAUGAGAUUUAAAAAACAAACAAAAACAUGGUUCUGGCUGACAACUGUGAGUUAAAACUCAAGGCUUGUUGUGAAGCCUAAAAAUAUUCACAAAUAAGCUUUAUUCAGAAGGAAGGUAAGAAUAAAAAGAUUGUUAAAAAAAACAAAAAAAAAAAACAAAACUGGGGUCAGUGCUCUUGGUGCCUUUUCUAUAAUUGUACUUGUUUUUAAUUAUUCCUUUCACUGCCAGCCUCGAGUCACUGUACAGUAUAUGUCUUUCUGCUUGUGAUCAGCUUUCACAAGGGUGACAGCCCCAAGCCAGUAGCCACCUGUACAUUUGUAAACUGCCCUGACCCGAUUUUGUUUUUACAUGUGUGGAUUAUGUUGCAGCUGUUGCAGUACCCUUCCCCUCCACCCUGAACACCCAAUACCUAUUGUUUUACACAAUUUGACCUGUCUGAGGAUACUUGAGUACUUUACAAAAAACACAAUUGUAUUCAUAACAGGGAAUAGAAUAUGAAAGCCAGCUCUUUCAGAAUAUCCUAUAUUAAUACUGAAUUUGGAAACAUUUAUUCCGUUUCUUAUGGUACAAAUCGUUUAACCAGAGUAAUGACCUCAGUGGAUUUGCUUCAACCCUCACAUUUAUUUUUUUAAAUGUUUCACAUGCCACAUUAUUAGCUGAUAAGUUAGAAAAUUCUGGAAGAUAGAAACUUACAUAGAAUAAGGAGGGGAAUAGAAGUAGGGUCAAAACCUAUCAGUACAACUGUGAAUUCCAGGUGACGUGAAAAUGCACGUCCACUGAAAGCAUUUCUGACCGCUUUUUCUUGAUUGUGAAUCUUAAUUUUGAAUAUAAGAUGAUCAGUAAGCGCAGCUUUCUUGGAUAAUCUGAAUUCCCAAGUGCCAGGAGUAGGGUUUCAUUAUAAAACUAAUAGCUAAUCUUAUUCUGUCUCCUGAAGAUUUAAUUGCUAUUCUUGUUAACCCAUUCGAAAUCAGCUGUACUGUGUGAACGAAAUAAAGACAAUAAGACGAACCCUUUCUGGCUGCACGGUCGCUUAUGGCAGUUCCACACAGUAGUUGGCGCCCAAUGGGGGGUCCCUGAGACUUGCAUGUAAAACUAGUCUAGAUGUCCUUUUUUUGUAAGUUUUAUUUUUGUAAUUGUGCAUGUAAAGCAUCAUUGAGCCAAUGGAUCUGUUGAAGAACUCAGCUGCUGGAAACCAUACGAAAUGUUUUGAAUUGCCCUUAAAAUAUGGAAAAUGUUUUCUGAAUGCUUUAUAUUCUUUCUGCUGUAAAUUAAAAAUGAAGAAAAUUUACCCAUA